AUGGUGGAGCCCGCUAGCACCAGAGGUUUUAUAUCCACCAUGACGGCGACCCGCACCAAACACAGCGUACUGUGCGUCUGCGUCCUCUCCUGUCUCUUCCUCCUGCUGUGCUCCACCUGCGCCGGAGCCGCCGGCGGCCGGAAAAUGGCCCCGCGUCCGUCGACGCCGAGGCGCGUCCGUCGGAGUGCGCAGAGCGCGAGGCACCGAGGCGCGCACCACCGACCGCUGACGGACGAGCAGGAAGCCGACCGGAACCUGCAGUUCAUGCUCAGUUUGUACCGCAGCGCGGCCGAACCGGACGGGAGGCCCAAGCAGCACCGGAAGUUCGGCUCUAACACGGUGCGCCUGCUGAGGCCGACGGCGUCGUCUGUGCAUUACCUGCCACGCUCCAGAGAUCACCACUACACCUUUACAGUGCAGUACAACCUGGACACUGUCCCCUCAGAUCAGCUGAUCAGAGCCUCGUUCAUCCACCUCCGCUCCUCUCCACCCAAUUCCUCCUCCACUCCCUCCAGCAGCGACGCCCAGGCCCCCAGGCCUCCGCGUUGCAGGGCUCAGGUCUCCGCGCUGGGUAAAGAGAACCUGGUCACCCUGGAGCCCAACGAGCCGUGGACGGAGACCGACAUCACGGCGCAUGUCAGCGGCCACGUGGUGCAGAGGGGGAACCAGGCGGCGGGGGGCCACCUGACCCUCACGGCCCAGUACUGGUGCACACAACCUGGGCUCGCUGAGGAGGACGACAGCCUGCUGUGGUGGUGGAGUCGGCUGCGAGAAAAGCAGAAAGAGGAGCCACACCUUGAAGUCCCAUCUCUUCUUUUGUACUUGGAAGAAGAGCGGGCGGUGAAGGACUGGAUGGGAGAGCUGCUGGGGGUCGGAGGAGAGCACAUCCUGAGGCGGAUGGGACCGUGGCGCCCCCCGGUCCGCCGCCGGCGCUCCGACGACGCCCAGUCCUCGGAGCCGAAGGACCCUUCGCUGGACGCGCUGAAAAACGCGCCCACGUCCUCCUCGUCCUUCUCCACCUCGCGCGCGGCCUCCAUCGUCUCGGAAAUCCCCGAGUACAAGCGCAAGGCGAGCGCGCCCAAGAACCGCUGCAAGCUGCACUCCUUCCGCCUCUCCUUCGACGAGCUGGGCUGGGGCCACUACUUCAUCGCGCCGCCCGUCUACAACCCGCGCUUCUGCCAGGGCGACUGCCCCCGGGUGCUGCACUACGGCUACCACUCCCCCAACCACGCCAUCAUCCAGACGGUCAUCAACGACCUGGGCGUGGGGGACGUCCCCCCGCCGUCCUGCGUGCCCUAUAAAUACAUGCCCAUGAGCGUGCUGGUGGUGCACAAGAAGAAGGUGGAGUACAGGGAGCUGGAGGACAUGGUGGCGGAGUCCUGCACGUGCCGCUAAAGGCGCCGGAGGGGCUCUUAAAGGACUUGAGCUGAGAAAAGAGACUGAAGGGAACGGACUUGACGGCUCUGCAGCUUCCCAACUAAUAGUCUUGGGACUGGCAGGAGGAAGUUGUGGUUUCAGAUUUUCAUUUUCCCUGUUAAAGCACUUUAAUAUGCAGCUACUGGCUGUGCAGAUGGAGGGAGAGUCCCUCCACUCUGAUUUAAUAACUGUACUGGGAUCCUGUGUGUAGAAGUCAUAGCCACCAGUGUGAUUUUCUGACCCACCAGAGAUCUGGCAGAUUUGGAAGCACUUUAAACCACUUGAGGGUAAAUUAACUAAUUUAAGUGUAUUUAACUUUGGCAGUAACUUGAUAAACUUGACUAAACAUCAGGGUUACCUUUUUUAAGAAUUCGGAUCUAACUCUAGAAGUAACCGCUGGUUUGUUUGUAGUAAAUGAAAUGACUUGAAUCUGCAGAAACACCUGAGACGGCAGUCUUUCAGAUGAUGGGAUGCGUGAGCUCGCGUUCCUCUGAGAAGAGACUGCGACGAAUCGUUUUAACGGACAGGAGGUUGAACACGUUGGGCGGAAGCGAAGACAUUGUGACGUUGCAUGUUCGCUGUGUGGGAUCUGAUCGUUUGCAUUUUGUAUUUAUUAAUGAUGAGAGGGGUCUCGAUAACUUGCCGCUACCGACCCAGCUUCUGAAACAGAAUGAUGAAUUAUGACGACAAAGUGUAACCGUGUUGAAUGUUAAACACCGCAAUCAAGUGUUGUGGUGCAAAAGAGACUUUUAUUGCAUGUGACAUUAAAUAAUAAAGUAAAAUGCAUAUUUUGUUAA